UCGUGAGACAGCGGGGAAGGGAGAUCUGGGGUUUGCGGGUGCUUGACUGGGUUCGGUGGGUGAGGGGGAGUUCUCGACAGCUGUUGUGAGGGUAGGUUUCGGGCUAGCUUGUUGGGUUUCCUCGCCAAGUCCGAGCUACCGCUCGUCGUCUUGGCUCCUUGCCUUGCCGCCCCUCCCCCUCCUCCUUGGGCUUCCGUCUGCAACGUUGGGGACCCGCGGCUGUCCUGUGCGGCGACUCGUUGGUGAUUUGUUGUAGCUCGUCGCUCGGAACGAUGAGCCUAGGGGAGAGAUGAGACUGCGGCUAUUCCUUCGUGGUGCGCUGUCUGGUGAUCGGGAUUACUGCAGAAACGCGUCCCACUUGUGUGUUUGAGGAUUUUAGCACUAACAAUUAGGUCGAUGAUGUUUGGUUAGGUUCUGAUUUCGGAUGGGAACCUCAUCGGACGCAAACUUCCACCAGGAGCCCCCGCAGGGGAUGCCACCUCCUCGCCACAAUGGCCACACGCCAACUCUGCAGACGUCCCUCUCUCUGGCCGCCUUGUCGGAUCAGGUCAGUUCGCCUCCAGACACGCAGGAGCCGUUGUCGAAUUCCGAUCAGGGGCACGACUCUGCUACCGAGAGUGCCAGCUCCCAGGGGACGUGGCCUGGGGAGCCGAGCAAGAGCGGUGGCCCUGCUGUAGCAGCUGCACCAAUAACAACAGUGAGGAUAGUGGAUAAGGAGGAGGAGGUGGUCGGUAAUGGUGUCUCUAAGCCGCAGGCUGUCCGUAGGAUCCCGAGUGCUGGUCGGAUGACUCUCAGGGAGGUUGCUCGGGACAGAAUUGACCUUGUCGCGGAGAAGAUGAAGGUUAUGAGUGAGGAGCUCUUGGAAGAGAUCAAGACUGAGCUCCGGUCGAUCCUGGAGGGGGCUGGUGGUUCGCACCAUAUCGAGGAGUUCUUGUAUCUGCAGAAACUCGUCCAGGGUAGGGUUGAUUUGACACCAGCAAUGCUUUCAAUGGCCCACCAUGUGCAGCUGGAGAUCCUUGUUUCCAUCAAGACUGGGAUCCAGGCGUUUUUGCAUCCUAGUGUUAACAUACCCCAGAGUCGCCUUGCUGAAGUUUUCUUGUACAAGAGGUGCCGGAACAUUGCAUGCCAGAGUGCUCUCCCUGCCGAGGACUGUAGGUGCAACAUUUGCACCAACAGGAAUGGAUUUUGCAACCUCUGUAUGUGUGUGAUCUGCAAUAAGUUUGAUUUUGAAGUCAAUACUUGCCGCUGGAUUGGGUGUGAUGUCUGCUCCCACUGGACUCACACCGAUUGUGCAAUUCGUGAUGGGCAUAUUGGGACUGGACAGAAAAUUAAGAAUGGCAUUGGCCAUGCAGAGAUGCUUUUCCGGUGCCAGGCCUGCCAAAGGACAUCCGAAUUGUUGGGAUGGGUUAGGGAUGUCUUCCAACAAUGUGCACCUGGUUGGGACAGGGAUGCCUUGUUACGGGAACUUGACUAUGUUUGUAAGAUAUUCCGUCUAAGUGAGGACUCAAAAGGGAGGACAUUGUUCAGGAAAUGUGUUGAGCUAAUUGAAAGAUUGAGGAGUGGUUCUGCUGAAUCCAUGAGUCCUAGGAUGCUGCUACAGGCACUCCAAGAGCUAGAUAUUGAUUCCCCAAAGAACUAUGAGAAUGAAGAGCCAGGGUGCUUGAUCACUCCCCAGGAGGCCUGCAACCGAAUUGCCGAGGUCGUCCAGGAGGCUGUUAGAAAGAUGGAGCUCGUGGCGGAAGAGAAAAUGCGAAUGUACAAACGUGCCCGCCUCGCCGUGGAGGCCUGCGACCGCGAGCUGGAGGAGAAGGCCCGGCAAGUCCAGGAGCUCAAAGCCGAACGUCUGCGGAAGAAGCAGCAGGCAGAGGAUCUGGAGAGCAUCAUGCGGCUAAAGCAGGCGGAGGCGGAGAUGUUCCAGCUCAAGGCGAAUGAGGCCCGGCAGGAGGCCGAGCGGCUGCGGAGCAUCGCACUCGCCAAGUCGGAGAAAGCGGAGCAAGACUACGCCAGCCUGUACCUCAAGCGCCGCCUGGAGGAGGCUGAGGCGGAGAAGCAGUACCUCUUCGAGAGGAUCAAGCUGCAGGAGAACCAGAGGCCGCCGCCUGGGGCUGGGGCGGGCGCGAGCAGCAGCGGUGUUGGUGUGGGCCUCGGCGCCGGCGACCCCUCACAGAUGAUGAUGCUGUCCAAGAUCCAGGACCUGCUGAAGAACGUCCGCAGCAUGCCGUCCACCAAGUCGGACGGGCAGCAGUCGAAAUAACAACGGCAGCAGGCAUGGUCGCUCGCUCUCCUGGUUAAGCCUGGUUCGUAACGAAUUGUAGAUGCUGCUGUUAUGUUCAUUGCGACUUUGUGGUGAUCCAUGGUUGUUUCUGGCUUUCUGCAAUGUAAAUUGACUGUAGAAGCGCAGCGUCGUCGUUUUUUUUUUUUUUUGCUUAUUAUCAGUGGCUGCUUGUGCUGAUCAUCAUCGUGUAUCCCUGUGAGUUGUAACUAACAGCGUAGUUAAUCAUAUAUUGAACUGAUUACUGUAUUUGUGACUGUUUGAAUGUAAGCUUGAUUUCAUGACAA